AUGCAAUCAAAUAUUAGCUCAAUAUUUCAAUUUUCAUAACUUGUAAANUAAAUUAUUAAUUAUUAAAAUAUUUGUGUAUAGUGCCCAUCUAUUCAAGGUAAAAGAAGUUUAAGUCUACAUAAUAAUUAAUGUAUAUAAUGUCCUGGAGAUUGUUUAUUAUGUAAAUUAAGAGACGAUAAUGAAAUUUCAGAUAUUAAUCCUCUAUUUAAUAAUUUAAACUUUUAAUACUAUACAAAUCAAUGUUUAUCAAAAUAAAAAGGAUAUUUUGAUACUGAUUUAAAAAUGUAUAUUGAUUGUCCUUCUUAUCCUUGUAUGAAAGAAAUUUAAAUUAAUUUAAAUCUUCAUUGUUCUCAUUAAUAGUAUUACAAAUUAAUUGAAUCUUUUGAAAGAGAAGAAGAUUUAUAUCAUUUCAAACAAUCAAAUCUAUUAAUUGAUGAUUUAUUUUCUAAUUCUAGUUUUUUAUAAGUAAAUUAUUGUUUCAUUUUUAGUACGAAUAAAAUGAAUUUUAUCAAAUGGCUAAUGAAUUAGUUAUUAAAUCUAUUAUUAUAAGAAUUUUUAGCUUUACCUCAUAAACUUGCAUAAUUAAUAACAAUAAAAGUAUUAAGUAACAAUUCAGUUAAAAUAUAUUCUCAGCUAUGUAUAUUUAUGUAAUUUAUUUAAUUUAGUAAUGUUCAACUACAACUUUAUGGAAACGAUAAUACAGUAUUUUUAUAUGAUAGAAUAAUAUCUAUUGUAAAUUUUAAUAAAGUUCAUAUUGAAGGAAUCAUUUUAUCACCAUUAUCAGUUCAUAAUCUUAAGUAAUUAUUCUUUUUAAGCGUAUUUGUAUAAACAAUAGAACUCAAGAAUAUUAGAUAUGAAAGUAAUUUCAUUUAGGAUUAAUCUUAAAUUUUAAUAUGGAAUUCUACUUAUGUACGUAUUGAUAAUUUUCAUACAUAAAAUCUAAAUUUAACAGACAUUUUAGCAUUUAUUAUGAUUGAUUAAAUUAAUUCUAUUUAAAUUAUCUAAAUUUCUAAUCUUAAAAUAGAUAAUUGCUAAUUCAAUUCAUUAAGUGUAUUUUACAUAAAUAGCAAAUCAAGUGAUACUCUAUAUUUUAUGCAAUCAAAUAUUAGCUCAAUAUUUCAAUUUUCAUAACUUGUAAAUUAAACUUCUGGAUAACUUUUGAUUUAAAAUGUAAUUAUUUAAAAUAGUUAAUUAACAGACAUUGCAAAUUUUAUAGGAGGAAAUCAAUUAUUUAGCAUUUAAGUCAUAUAAGUUAAAAUGUAUUAAAAUAAUUUAAUUAAUUCCACAAUAUUCGGUUUGAAAUCAUUCUUUUAUGUUAACAAUUUUAAUUUCAUUGAAAAUAAAAUUUUGAAUGGUUCAGCUGUUUUUAAUAAUUCAGAUUACUCAUCAAAAAAUUUAUAUUUUAAUUAUCUUAAAUUUGAAUUAAAUUUCAAUGACAAAGGCUCUAAAUUUAUUAGAAUAAAAAACAAUUAGGAUUCAAAUAAAUAUUUGUUUUUUAAUAGUUUAAUUCUUAAUUCUAAUUCAUUUGAUAUUUAAUCAAUUUAACCAUUAUUUGAUAAAUAGGAUGAAUCUUUAAUCUUUUUGGAAGCAGAGAUAAUAGAAAUAAAUAAUUUAACAAUUACAAGAAGUUUUGGAAUUAAAGAUAUUGUUAUUUAAAAAGGAAUAUCCUUGAAAUUAAAAUUAGUUAGAAUUUUAUAGGAUUAAUAAUAUAAAAUUUAAGGACUACAUUAAUAUUUUGAUUGUGUUCAAAAAGAUAUAGAAUCAAAUUUAUAUUUUACAUCGCUUUAUUUGUAUGAUUUAUAAAUCAUAAGAAUUUAUUAAUUAUUAAUUGAAUCAGUAUCAAUCAUUAAUUAUCCUAUAAUUAAUAUUCAAUCUUCAAUAGAAAUGAUAACUAUGUCUAAAGUAAUUGAACUUUAUGAAUUAAACAUUAAUAAUAAUCUUAUAUUAAUUACAGAUUAAUUAAAGCAAGCAUCAAUAAUGUAAUUAACAUCAUAAUCAGAAUAUGAAAUAACUAUUUCUAAUUCCGUGAUAAAGAGAAAUGUAAUGCAUUAAUAUUAACAAAAUGAUCUCAUAAAUAAUGCUUUAAUUUUUAAUUUUGAUUGUUCUCAAUGUACUUUAAAACUUUAAAAUUUAACAAUCUAAUCUAAUCUAGUUACUAAUUCUUCAUAAAAUAUUAUUUUCUUGAAAACUAAGAAAAUAAUUAUGAACAACAUAAUAUUUUAAUAUAAUUGCAUUUUCAAUUAUAACAUUUUACAAUCUCAUAUUUUAUGGGGAUUUGUAAAGAAUUAAGAGAUUUUCCUUGAAAAUUUAAUCCAAAUUUUUCCAAUUAAAGUGUAAACUGGAAAUGCUAAAUUGGUUUGUUAAUAUAUUGAAAUAACAAAUGUAAAUAUAUUUAAUUCAGUUGGUACUGGAUUAUAUAUAUCUCUUGAGAAUCAUGCAAAAUGUCUAAUAUAGAAUGUAGAAUUUUCAUCAAUAAAAUCAUUAUUUUUGUAAAAAGAUGAAAAUGGUGGUGCCAUAUUAUUUGAUACUAUUAGGAUAGUUGAAGCUCAGAUAAUUAUAGAUAAAGUUAAAUUAAAUGAUAUUUAUUGCAGAUAGAAAGGGGGUUUUCUUUAUUUGAUUAAUAAUUUAGGUAAUUUAUCAAUAUGGAUAUCUAAUGUAUAAAUCUAAGAUGUCUAUGCUUUAUAAGGAUCAGUAAUUUAUACUGAAUUUUCAACUUCAUCUAAUACAUCUAAUUAGAUAAGUUUAGAUAAUAUUAAAAUCAAUAAUUCUUACACAGGUUUAAUGUAAUUUUUGAAUCAAUUUAAUAAUUUAGAAGAUUCAUAGGAAUUAAAAUAAUUAGGUUAUUAAAGAUAUUUAUUUUGUAUUUAUAAUACAUAAAUGAUUAAAUUUUCAAAUAUUUUGGCAAUGAAUCUAAAUUAUGAAUCAUUGCUUUAGAUAUUCAAUAUAUUUGAAUUAUAAAUAAUAAAAUUAAUUAUUACAGAGUCAAUAUUUUUGAAUUCUGUAAUAUAACUGAUAAGUGAUAAUAGUAAUUCAUAAAUAUAUAUCAGUGAUUGUUAAAUAUUUAAAAUUUCUAUUUUAGCUAUGAUUCCAUAUAAAACUGAAUGCUUAAUUUAACAAAUAAAUUAAGUACCUUAUAAAUCUUUUUAGUGUUUUAAUAAUUCUUAUGAAAGGAAAGCUCCUAAUAUUUUACCAAAAUAUAAUAAUUAAGUUUUUGAUAUAAAUACAGUCUGUAUUAUUAAUAUGAUAAGAGCUUAAAAAGGUAAUGAAACUACGAGUGUUAUAAGUAUUAUUCCAUUUUAAUCGUAUAUAAAACUAUAAGAAUUAGUAUUAUAAGAUAUAAAUUGUGAAAUAUGUGAUAAUGGAUUAUUAAACAUACUAUUAUAAGAAGGUCAAAGUCUUAUAAAUAUAAAGUCUCUUAAUGUUUAGAGAAAUAAAUGUGGUAAAUUAAGUUGUAUAAAUAUUAUUAAGAGUAUAUAACGAAAUCGUAUGCUAUAAAAUAUCAUUUAAUAUAUAAACACAUAAGAUUAUCAACUAAAAAUAUUAAAUUAUAUCUGUGAUUCCAAUGAUAGUUAUGAAGGUACAUGUUUAAGAAUACAGGAUGUAAGAUCUUUAAUAAAAUAAUCUAAUUUAAAAUACAAUUAAGCUAUAAAUAGAGGAGGAGCAAUUUUAGUAAUUGGAAGAGAGAAUAUUUUUAUGGAAUAAUCAAUUAUUUAAAAUAAUAAAGCUAAUAUUGGGGGUGGAAUAUUUUUGACAGAACAAAUCAAUUAAAAUAUGACAUUAUUAGGCUCAAUUGUUUCUGAUAAUAUAGCUGAAGAUUAUGGAGAUAAUAUUGCUUAAAUUCCUUCUUAGUUGUCUAUUUAAGUAGAUUUAAAGAAUAAUUUACCAAAGAUAAAAAUAUUUUAGAGAGAAGAUUUAGUUAUAGAAGAAGUUAAAAUAAAAGAAUAUGAAGUAAUGAAGAAUAUAUAUUCAAAUAUUAUUUAUCUUCCUAAUGGAUAAUAAAUUUGGGAUUAUAAAUAUUUUGAUUGGUAAUAAGCAGAAUAUAAACCAUAUAAUUUACAUUUUAGAAUAGUUGCUUUAGAUAUACAUGGUUCUAUUAUAAAAGAUUUAAAUAAUACUUAAUGUUGGAUCAGAGGGAGAUUACUUGAUGAUAAAUUAGAAAGUGAAUUUACAAAUAAUUUUACAAAUAUUGAUAAGGUUGAUUUUAAUAUUAAUGAUUAUAAUUUAGAUCAAAUGAUAAUAUAUUUAGAUGAUGAAUUAAAUAAGACAUUACAAUUAUAAUUUAAUUGUAGUUCAAUUUAAAUACCAAAGAUAGGUAAAUUAAAUUAAAUCAUUUCAUAUCAUUAAAAUUAUUACUUAAGAAUGAAUGUCAAAUCUUUUCCUUGUUAGAUGGGUGAAAUUAAGAAACCUUUAAAUAAUAUCUGUAUUCCUUGUGAUCCAGAAUUAGGAUAAUAUUCAUUAAUUAUAAAUGCAUAAAAAUGUUAAUUAAAAGAUGAAAUAUCAACAUAAGAGAUUAAAUCAGCUUAACUUAAUUUAAGAGAAGGAUUUUGGAGGCCAUAUUUUAAUACAGACUCGAUUAGUUAAUGUAUUAAUUUACUUAAAAAUUGUAAUGGAGGUUGGUAAUAAGGAGAUAAUUCUUGUUCUAUUGGACAUAUUGGUGCAUUAUGUGAAGAGUGUGAUAAUUAUGAUAUUAGAGGUUCUGGAUAGUUUUCAACAAAUAAUAAAUAUUCUUGUAGUUCUUGUUAGAAUAAUUCUCAAAAUAUAAUUAUUAUUAUCUCUAUUAGCAUUUGGUAUAUAUUUUAUAUAAUUUAAGGACAUUAAUAUCUAUUUUUAUUUCAGUAAAGAGUACAGUUGUUUUACUUAAUUAAAUAUCCAUUUAACUUUAAAUGACUAAAUUGAAGAUCAUUAAGAAAUCUAAUUAAUCAUAAUCUGCUAUUCUAAUUAAAAUGGUUACUAAUCAUUUACAAAUAUUAUCUGUAAUUACUACUUUUAAAAUAAACUUUUCUAUUGGUUUAACUAAUUUAUUCAAUUCCAUAGGUAAUCCAAUUUAAACAAUGACGUAUUCUCUUGAUUGUUUCUUAAUAUCAAUCUUUUCUAUAGAUAUUCAUUAUAUUAGAUUAAUAUGGUAAGUACUCAUGCCAUUUAUAUACAUUUUUUUAUUUUUAGGAACGUAUUCUAUUAUUGUUAAAAGUGGCUAUAUACAAUAUCGUUUAAGUGUAAUAACUACUACAUUCAUUUAUAUAUACAUCUAUAUUCAACCUAAUUUAGUAGGAGGUUUUAUUUCAUUAAUUUCAUUUCGUUCUAUUUCCUCUUUUAAAUGGAUUUAAGCUAAUGUUGCAUAUAGAUAUGACACUUCUUAACAUUUUAUUUGGUUACUUCUCUUUUGUUUACCUGGUAUAUUUCUAAUUGCCCUAUUAAUUCCAACUUUAUUUUAUCUAGCAUUAUACAUUAAUAGAUCUGCUCUCAAUCAAAGAAGAAUUAGACAAUUAUAUGGAUAUUUAUAUAAUGAAUAUAAAACAAGUGCAUUCUUUUGGGAAAUCGUUAAAAUUGUUGAAAAAGAAUUGUUAAUCAUCUUUCUCUCCUAUUAUGAAGAAAAUAUUAUUCGAAAAGGUACUCUAAUUCUAUUAGUUCUCUUUUUAUAUUCUGAAUUAAAUCAUAGAUUUAAACCAUAUUAAUUACAUAAUCUUAAUUAAUUAGAUGCCUUAUCAGCUAAAGUUUGUUAGAUCUCUAUUAUUCUAGGCUUUGGAAUAUAUAUUGAUGAAUUCUAUAGCUCAUUUUAACUUCAAAUCCCUUAUUUUAUUAUUUUGGCUAUCCUUAACUUCUUUUAUUUAUUCUUACUAUUUAAUCAUCUAUUAAAGUCUUAUUGGAUUGAAUUAUAAGGAUAAUUUGAUAAAAUUAGAGAUAAAAUUAGAGAAUUAGCUCCUUGGACUAUGAAACAUCCAUUUCUUAAAAAACAUUUAGAAAAUAGUUGUCAAAAAAGAAAGCGAAUUGAAAAUAACUAUAAAAAAAUUAAGAAAUAUUUAUUUAGUUAUGCUAAGCCAAUCUUAGAAUUAAAAGAUAAUAUUAAUUCCAGUUCUAAUCAAAUUAAAUCAAAAAUUAACAAUCAAUAAUUUAGAAAUUAAGAAUAAAUCAAAAAAUUCACAACUAAAUUAGACUAAAUCAAUGAUAAUUAUUUGAGCAGAACUAGCAUGAUUAUCAGUUCAUUUUGA